AUGUCGAACUCACUUGAUAAGGCGGGCGCCAAGGCGAAGGAGGUUGUUGUCGAGGACUUCAACAAGGCAAAAGCUUUGGCGCAGUCUGCUGCUAAGUCUGGAGCUUACAUCUACCCCAUCAAGGGCGUCUUCUACUUCGUCUCCCACAAAUCCCUUUGGAAGCCUCUCAUCUCGAAGCUGAUCCCUACCAUGUCCCUGUCUCUCGGUGUUAUCGCAUUCAUGUUCAUCUUUGCAUACCUGCCACAACUCGCCGUCCUCGUAUUCGUCAAUGGACCGUUGGCUGCUUUUACCACUGUCCUGCUCACCCUCAGCGAAAGCUCCACCAUCAUCAACCUUCUGUCGAGAACCUUUCUGCUGCAGGAAGCUAUCGUAGAUACUUUCGAUGGUGUCUUGGUUGCCAGAAGACAAACUGAAGUAUUGUCUGAGGGUCGCGAGAUCAAGUCGGGAAACUUCAACGACCCGAUGGCGAAGCUGGGAAAGCUAAUCAAGUCGCCCUUUGAGAAGUACACCCCCAAGGCGUUCAUCCGAUAUUUAAUGUACCUCCCACUUAACUUCAUCCCUGUUGUGGGAACUGUCAUCUUUGUUCUUCUACAAGGUCGUUCCCGGGGUAACUCUGUUCACACUCGCUAUUUCCAACUCAAGAAGUGGUCAAACUCCGAAAGAGAGGAAUGGCUUGCGAAGAACACAGCUCCCUAUACCGCAUUCGGUACUGUAGCUACCCUUCUGGAGCUCGUCCCUUUCGCGUCCAUCUUCUUCACCUUCUCAAACACUGUUGGUGCUGCUCUGUGGGCUGCUGAUAUCGAGGCCAACAACACCAGCAUGACUGAGAUGGAGGUCCCAAAAUUCAGCGAGGAUGCCAAGAAGGAGUUGUGA